AUGUGGGACUCUGUGAACACCCUGAAGCGCAUAGCAGAAGAUUAUUCAAACUUGAUAGCAGCUCACCCCCUCCAGACCCGAAACCAGUCCUCUGUAGCAUACCCAAUCUCUUUCUCCACUCCCCGCAUGCUCCCUCUACUGGGCUCCCAUUUUCAAACCCCGGCUCACAGCUCUGCAAUGGGCUACUCCAGCUUCUAUCCACGAUAUACACCAAACUUUUACACUGGGCCUACACGGGUGGGGAGCAUAAUCAAACAAGGCCUGUUGAAAAGAAAAAAACCCAGCCAGAAACCUUUUACUGGGACCAUCCAAUCUGAUGAGCUGAGUUACUCUGAAGUGCCGAAAGCCAGUGCAGAGAGAGAUAAAGACUGCCAGCACUGCACUCUCGUUGGUGAUCCAGGUCUGCGGGAGUCAGCGUCCACGCCUUCAGAUGUGGCCUGUGCAGGGUGUAGGUUUUGUGGAAGAGGAGAUGCAGCACAGCAUGAAACACAAUCCCAUCGACAAGACCACAGGGGAGAAAAACCCUACCAGUGCCAACACUGUCCCAAGAAGUUUAGUCUGAAACAUCAACUGGACACACACCACAGAGUUCACACUGGAGAGAAACCCUUUGAGUGUCGUCUCUGUGGUCAGCGCUCCCGGGACUACUCAGCCAUGAUCAAGCACCUGCGGACGCACGGCGGAGCCGCUCCCUACCAGUGCACAGUGUGCCUGGAGUUCUGCAGCAGCCUGGUCGCCAUGCAGAGACACGUCAAAAUCCAUGCAGUGCAGGACUUCCCCCCUGACUGGAGCAUCAACAGCACCUACCUGUACACUUCACACAUCUGAGCCACACCUUACAACACUCUGACCUCAGUCAACACAAAGUUCUCAUUGGCUUAGCUUCAUAUUGCGUUUUUCAUUUGAGUCACAAGCAUUUGUUUUCCUAGAAGAAAAAUUCAUCAUGAUAUCUGAAAGACCCAGAAGGUCCAACAUUUAUAAUUGUUUAGAAAGUAUCAUAAUACAUGAGAUGCACAAACUUCACAGCAAUAAAUUCUAUGCAAACUGAGACUGCAUUGCAUCCACAUUCACAACAGAGAAAUGUGGCACUAAUUUCCAAUGACAGAAAAGGUUUUACUAUUGUGUUUACCAUUUAACAUUAUGUCAUGUACGUGCAUUAAAGCCACAUUAGCUCAAUGAAUGACACAGUACUCUUCCCUUGUACCGCUUGUGUAAACUUUGUAAGUUUGACCUAGGUUUAUAGCGCCCUCAUGAGGGCAAUCACUGUAUCAACCAGUUUUUACUGUGUUUCUGUUCCCAAAUGCAUCACUAUGCCAAAAUUGAACCAAUACUUGAGAUAUUAGAUAUAUUUGCUGGAACAUAGUCUAUAUUCACUGAUACAGAUUUAAUCAGAGUCUGUCUUUAAAAAAAAAAAGUUUUAAAAAGAAUAUUCAUAUUUGCUGUGAUGCGUAACUGCUUUAAUUAAAAUUCAAAUGAAAUAUUUAUGUGACUUUGUUCAGGCCCGAUGUAAUUUUUCUUCUUAGAGAAAAAUCGAGAAUUAGGGUUCAUUGGAGUCAGGCAACCGAGUCUUGAGCCUCGGCACUGCUUGGGAAACAAAAGUCAGCCAAAUUCCACAUAUGCAAACAUUUAAAAGUUUGGGGAGACUGUGUUUAUAUGUAACAAUAAAAUCUCCUGGGAAGCUAACACUGAAGAGCUCAUUCAUUCAUUUAACUCUGAUUAAGAAUAAGUAAUAAAUAAUAUGUUUUUAAAGCAAUAUCCCAUCUAAUUAGUGACAAACCAUUGUCUUGAAUUUUCUUAUUUUUUAUUCUUCUUUAAGUGGAUUUUCUGUACCAUCACCCACUAAGUUUCCUAGGUUCAGAGACGUGGAUACUAAAAUUGGUCUCAAAAGUUGUAUUUAGCAACUGCCACACCUCUCUAAAAGCACCACACAAAUUAUAUGUCUGUGAAGUUAUCCUAGAUCUCCUCAUAUGUGUGUAUACAGUAUGUAAUCAUGCACAUUGCUUACAAGAGGGAGCAUUCAGUGAAGCUCUCGGACCUGCAUCCACUGAAAGCUAUUUGUCAAUUUGUACAGCAUUACCUAAAUGUACA